UGCUAUGGAGCUCGGUCGGUCCAAAAGUAUCCCUCCCUAUACGGAUUUAGGUGGGAUGAAUUUGGAAAGGCUUCCCGACAACUUGAGAACCCCGCAGGCGUCCCACGACAUGGCUUCCAGCUUCCAUUUGCAGAGAUCUUCCGAAGCCAGAGAACCGAUCGAGAACUCGGCCAGCGAAUCUUCGGACACCGAAGUCCCAGAAAAGGAGCCAAGCGGCGCGCAGAAAAGCGAGGAGGGGAGCGCGGACGACCCGGCUAAGAAGAAGAAGCAGAGGCGCCAAAGGACUCACUUUACCAGCCAGCAACUGCAGGAACUGGAGGCCACUUUCCAGAGGAACCGCUACCCGGACAUGAGCAUGAGGGAGGAGAUCGCGGUGUGGACCAACCUCACAGAGCCCAGAGUCAGGGUCUGGUUCAAGAACCGUCGCGCGAAGUGGCGGAAGCGGGAACGCAACCAGCAGAUGGACCUUUGCAAGAACGGCUACGUGCCGCAGUUCAGCGGCCUGAUGCAACCCUACGAGGACGUCUACCCGGGCUACCCGUCCAACUACUGGCACGCCAAGAGCCUGGCGCCGGCGCCGCUCUCCUCCAAGAGCUUCACUUUCUUCAACUCCAUGAGCCCGCUGUCGUCGGCCCAGUCCAUGUUCUCGGCGCCCAGCACGCUGCCCUCCAUGAGCAUGCCUUCCUCCAUGGGCCCUUCGGCCGUCCCCGGCGUGGCCAACUCCGGCCUCAACAACCUGAGCGGCUCGUCCCUCAACACGGCCAUGUCGACUCCCGCCUGCCCCUACGGCCCGCCGGGCUCCCCUUACAGCGUCUACAGGGACACUUGCAACUCCAGCUUGGCCAGCCUGAGGCUGAAGUCCAAGCAGCACUCGAACUUCGGCUACGGCAGCCUGCAGAGCCCCGGCUCCACUCUAAACGCCUGCCAGUACAACAGCUGACCGGCCUCUGCCUCCUGAAAAGGGACCGCGGCUGCGCUCAGGGGCAGGGAAACGCGCCGGAGGAGGAACGGGGAAGACGGGCAGACGGACCGACGAGCCGUAGCUGGCGAGGA